UGCAGUCGGCCGUUUGACAGAUUUGACAGACUAAUAUUUUUAUUCUCAGAAAGAAUGGAGAGCCAUGAUAGCUAUGAGUGUGAGGUGUGCAACAAGAGGUUUACUCUGAAGUCCAACCUUACACGCCACAUGAAGCUUCACGACACCAGGAUGGAGUCCCUUCGCGUCGACGGAGGUCGUGGUCGCCAGACGAGCUGCGUGGACGCUGCGAGGAUUCAGCGAAUGAAUCGGCAGGCGGAGCUGCUCUUUGGCAAGGAGCACGUCUUUGAACCUAACUUCGCUGCUCCUCUGCCAUACCCUGACGACUACAACCAUCCAGACGAGGAGGAGCUGCUUGGCGUGGAGUAUGGCAUGUGCCAGUCCACUGCAUUCACUGCAAGGCACUACUACGCGCAGAAAGCUGAGGAGGAGGAGGAGGAGGGGAAAGGGGAGUCUGCUGCUGAGGAGAGUGGCGAGGAAGAGGAGGACGAGCAGGCUGACGAGGGUGUCGGAGGCAUGUCGGAGGAGGACCCCAUAGACCACGUCUGUGAGAAGCAUGUCGUCCUCACUCAGGCAGAGCAGGUGGAGGAAGAGGAUGACCCCGCUUUGCAGGAUGUCCUGGCCAGCCAACGCCAUCUCCAUCUGCCAGGGAUAGAGGAAGUGGAGGCCCUUGCGUCGCUUCUCCUCCAGCUGGCAGACGACAGCGACCACCACCACCUCGUGCCCGCCGUGCUGAGGCAGCAAAUUGCCACGGCUGCUGCUGCUCUCCACGACCGGUCCGGCGCCAACUUCGUCAAGAAGUACGAGUCCAGGUGGGGCUACACCCUCUUUGGUCAUUGCCUCGGAGCCGACACGCCAGAGACCAGCGCAGCCCAGAAGACCAAGUUUGGCUGGAUGAGGUACCCCCAAGCAGCGCAGGUGACCGAGGAGAGCCGUCUUCUGUAGCUCCUGAUUAAGAUGCUGCAGCACCAUCCCACCUGCAGCAAAUUCCACUCGUCUCCCAGCAAGCUGACCUCAUCCAUCAAAGGCCAGUACAAGAGGAUUGCCGACAGAGUGAGGGACGACCCGGUCAUGGGCAGCCUCGCCAUCCCGCUGCCCAACAUAAACGUCAAGUCCAUCAGCAACUUUUUCAGGAGGGAGGAGAAGAUGGCCAACUUCAGGGCAACGGUCAGGCCAAGAGUGAAGACUCAUCGGAAUGUUCUGUCAGGCCAACCAAUGCCAACUUAUUUUUUUGUGUAGAGUAAAAUGUUAAUGCACACCCAUACUUAUAAGGUUCUCACCACUAAAGAGUCUCAUUUAUUAUAAAAGAUUUUAUCAGAUUUGUAUUGCUAUUAAGUUUUUUAUAUAUAUCUUUUCCCAAUGAGCACACAGCACACUGGGAGCUGUACUGUAUGACACUGUAUUAUUGUAUAUGAUACUCACAAAAUUGUGCUUGUGUGUUUUUUUUUCUUUUAUAUUUACAGGUUGGACUUUGAAGACCCACAGCCAGACUGUCAACCAGGGCCUUCAAACCGCUGUAUCCAGCCCAAGCCUGCCACUGCAUCCUACGUGCCAUCUGCCGUGGCAAAAGCACCUGUCCUCCUGGUGCUGCCAACCCAACCACAGGCUCCAUCAGUGAGGUUGCUGCCAUCUGCCAACCCAGUCUUCCUCCCUGUCCUCCCACCCUGUCCUCCCGCAGUGAAACCUGUUAUGCCCAACAAGUCCAAUAAGCCAUGUGGGGCUUGCAAGGUGCCGCAGUGUGGGGGGCAGCGGAAGAAAUACACCCCUUCGAAAGACAAGGUGGCUGGAAGCAGCCAGAAAAUCUUCACCUUUUGUCCCUCCGCCAAUAUGUCCACCACACCUGGCUUCGAAGGUGUAACAUACACCAGCUAUGAACACUUUAAAACUGUGGUGGAUGGGGAACUGGAGAAGAGGAGAACCACCCUCUAAACCUGUUGUGGGUUGCAAUGACUGUCACACACACACACACAUACUGACCGACACAUACACGCUGACACACACACACACUGACAGACAC